AUGGUCUCCCACCUGACGUCUCCCAAGGGUCUGGGAAAGAUGCAGAUUCCCAGUUCUCUUCUGAGGACCCGCUACAGUGCUCAACCCCCUGUACGAGUCAUCUCCAGGCUGGAAAAGCGAAUGACUUGGCCACAGGCUCCCGCAGAGCUGGAAGUGUUAGCUCUGUUCCAGGGUGGCCUCCCCGCUGCCCCUGCCGCCUGCCCGCUCCUUGCUCUGGACACGUGCUGGGACCAGGCGCCGCAGUUCCGGCUCCUGCCCCGGCCUCGCGGCCGCAGCGGGCGCCGGGGACCGCACGUGGGCGCCACCCUUCCCAGGAUGCGCUCCGUCGGCGCGGCGCUGGCCGGGCUGCUCCUGGGGACGCUCGGAGCCUUCCCAAAGGGUCACCCCCUCAAGGCCACCUGUGCAGGAGACCCCAGUUACUAUCCAGAUGAGGCCGCUGGGAGCUGCUGUUACCGCUGCCCCUCAGAGUUGUUGCCGACACAGUCAUGCCCACAAGGACCUGCCCACUGCAGGAAGCGCUGUGCCCCCAAUCACUACCUGGAUGAAGACAGGCAGUGUACAGCCUGUGUGAGAUGUGUGAGAGAUGACCUCGUGGAGAAGGUGCCAUGCUCCUGGAACUCCUCCCGCGUCUGUGAGUGCCGGCCCGGCAUGUACUGCGUCACGUCAGCUGUCAACUCCUGUGCCCGCUGCUACUUUCACUCAGCCUGCUCUGCAGGGAUGGUGGUCAAGUUCCCGGGUACAGCGGAGAAAGACACUGUCUGUGAACGGCCUUCCCCAGGGGCCAACCCUGACUGCAGCGGCCCAGAAGACUGCAGGACACCCACCAGCCCCAUCACUUCCCAGGCCACACCUGCUCUGACAUCUCCAGUCAGCACCAAUGUCAAAAACAUGCUGCCAAGAGAGGGCACCCGCCUCGUGCAGGAGGAUGCUGCUAGACUAAUGAGGGCGCCUCCCCCUGGUCCGGAUGCAGGGCCUGUGCUGUUCUGGGUGACCAUGGUCCUGCUGCUGCUGGUUGGCUCCAGCUCCUUCCUCCUGUGCUACUGGAAGACCUGCAGGAGGCGAGUCAGACAGAAACUCCACCUCUACUACCCAGCCCCGAGCUUCCAGCCCAAGCUGAGGCAGACAGACAAGUGCCGCUGCUGGAAGCGGCUGAUGAUCAGUGGGGCAGACACGUUCGCCCCAGCUCUGCUGCUGCUCUGCGGGGGCCGGGGGGGCUCUUGUUCCCUGAGCAGGGACGUGUGCAGGUAUAAUCAGGAGCUGAGAAGUGCAUCAGUGACAGAACUGGGCCCGGGCCCACUGAGCAUGGGGAACCCCCCAGCUGUGGAGACCUGUGCAAACACGGGGGCAGUUUGCCCAGAAACUUUGCCGCUGCAGAAUGCCAGCUCAACUGGCAGCCCUUUGGUCCCUAGGGAGCCUCCUGAGUCCCGGGUGUCCACAGAACACACCAAUAACAAAAUCGAAAAAAUCUACAUUAUGAAGGCUGACACGGUGAUUGUGGGGACCGUGAGUGCUGAGGCGCCCGAGAGCCGGGUUCCAGCAGGACCGUCAGGGCCUGAGUUGGAGGUGGACCUAGACGUGGACCAUGCCCCCCACUACCCACAGCAGGAGACAGAGCCGCUUCUCGACAGCCGCACGGAUGUCAUGUUCUCAGUGGAGGAGGAAAGGAAGGAGGACUCCUGGCCCACAGCCGCCUCUGAGAAGUGACGCCCAGUCUGGGCUGGGUGCCCCCUUGAGGCCUGAGUGGUACCAAGCUGGGGGUAGAGGCCCAUGUGGCUUGAACUGAGGCCCCAGCAUCUCAUGGUGGCUGAGAGCAGAGUCCCUGCUUUCUGCUCCUGCUGACAACACUGGUAGCCCCCAGCCCCUGGCACCACGCACUGGCACAACCAGUGAAGGAAAGGCUACGGGCUGGUUCCAGGCUGCCCUGUCUAUACCCUUGUGCCUUCAGCUCUUCCCGGGCCUCAGUUGAUAGCCACCAUGCCCCUAGUGACCAGAAGCAUGGGCACAGAACCAACUCUUACAGAUUUUUUCUCUUCUGAGUCAAAAGGGAAGUUGAAAGAUUGAUUUUCAUUGUUGA